ACACUUUCCAUGGCCAAAGGCAAUAAUUCAGAAGUGUCUGAAUUCAUCCUAAUGGGACUCACAGAUAGUAUGGAACUUCAAGCCCUUCUUUUUGGAGUCUUUCUGGUGAUCUACUUAAUUAGUGUCAUGGGUAAUCUUGGGUUAAUUAUGCUAAUUCAAAUCACUCUUCAGCUUCACACACCUAUGUAUUUUUUCCUCAGUCAUCUAGCUUUUGUUGAUUUUUGCUAUACCUCCUCUGUCACCCCAAACACAAUGGUAAAUUUCCUCCAGGAAAUUAAAAGGAUAUCCAUACCUGCCUGUGCCACACAGUUGUUUUGCUUUAUCAUGUUUGUGGUAUGUGAAGUGUAUAUGCUCUCAAUCAUGGCCUAUGAUAGGUAUGUGGCCAUCACCAACCCUUUACUCUAUGCCAUUGUCAUGAAUAGAAGGGCUUGUAUUCAAAUGGUGGUUGGCACAUAUUUCUAUGGAUUUUCUGUGGGACUCUUACAAGCAAUUCUUACCUUCCACUUGUCUUUCUGUGACUCGAAUAUAAUUAAUCACUUCUAUUGUGAUGAUGUUCCUUUGGUUGCUCUGGCCUGUCAUAAAACCCAUUACAAAGAUAUCAAAGAACUGAUACUGUUCACACUUGCUGGUUUCAAUACUCUUUUCUCUCUUUUCAUUGUCCUCAUAUCCUACAUAUUCAUUCUAGUUGCCAUUCUGAGGAUUAAUUCUGCUGAAGGCAGACAAAAGGCCUUUUCUACUUGUGCAUCACAUCUGACUUCCAUCAGUAUAUUUUAUGGGACAGUCAUCUUUAUGUAUAUGCAGCCCCAAACAGGCCAUUCUCUGGAUACUGACAAAAUAGCUUCUGUUUUCUAUGUUGUGGUAAUUCCCAUGCUAAAUCCUUUAAUUUACAGCCUGAGGAACCAGGAAGUGAAAAAUGCUUUGAGGAAAAUUAUGGAAAAGAUAUGUUCUUCUAUAAAAUAA